AUGAGGUUGCAAGAACUUCAAGAUGCUAUAAACAAACUUCCAUUGAGACAUCCAAUUGACGUCAAAUUGUAUUGGAGAGCAUCUGAGUUAGGUCAGAAGGUUUUAUAUGAAACAGGUUGCUUCGACGAUGUUUAUGAGAUAACAGGAGAAGUUUCUCAGAAGAUAAGAGACUCGCUUGAAUUUCCACAAACUGGACCGAUUGGUUGCGACAAGUUUGACUCAUAUGAAAAGAUAUACUAUGUCGACCUUAACGCUGCGUACAUGAGGUUUGUCCAAUAUAUUCCAACUGGAAUUCCAAACGAAGAUGGUGAGUUCCCGGGAAGGAACUAUACAGUUGGAAAAGUCAUACAACAACUGUAUGAUAUUAGGAAAGCUUCAAACCCCAAACUUGCAAUGACACUCAAAUUGCUUAUGAAUUCGACAUGGGGAUAUUCCAUUAAGAAACCUCAAGAGAUGAAGAGUAAACAUUAUGAGAAGGUCGACAACUUUGUUGAAAGGUUUUCUCCUUUUGUUUUGAAGUACGAAUUCACUCAAGGUCAAAGUGGCUUAGUAACCACAUUAAAACCUAUUGUCGAACAUUGGUCUUACCCUCAGUUCGCAAAGGCAGUCCUUGACAACUACAACAAAUUCUUCUCGGAAGUUAAAUCCAAAGUGAAGGUAUACUAUGAGAACAUCGAUGCGCUCAUGACGAACGAAGAAGGCUAUAACAAACUCAUUGAAAUGGGCAUGGUCGGUGAAAAGAUGGGUCAAUUCAAAUUGGACAAAAUUUUCACCGAAGUUCAUGUAAUAUCGAAAAGGAAGUACUGGGGUGUUAAAGAAGAUGGUGAAAUAGUUAAACAUUGCAUGAAAUAA